AUGGGAAGACUGUCGGCGAAAUCAGUUAUGAGACUCAGGUUCAUUUCCAAAUCCUUGGACUCUUCAAUCACCACUCCCAAUUUCAUCUCCACCCACCUUAACAACAACAAAGAUGAUGAUCAUCGUUAUCUCAUACACAUGCCGCUGACUUUUUCUUCUAACGGACCAGUCUGUACAAUCGCUUUCGACCGCACGUUUGAUACGAUUUCUGAGCUUCAAAUACCCAAUGAAUCUUUUUUUAAUCGUGCCUACUUAUUCGCUUCAUGCAAUGGCUUACUGUGUUUAUAUAAUUACAGGGAUGUUAUAUAUUUGUGGAACCCCAGCAUUAGAAAAUUCAAGAAGCUGCCUCAUAUCUUAGAAAAAUUUAACAAUGUUGCACACGGAUUUGCUUAUUGUUCCGGGAAUAAUGACUACAAGGUUGUGAGGAUUUUAUUUGAUUGUUUCUUUUCAACUGUGCCUCUACCUCUACCUCUGCCUGAGGCUGAGGUGUACUCAUUAAGUUCGGAUUCAUGGAGAAGGGUUAAAAUCCCUUUGUUAAUCAAUGUUCGCAAUUUUAUGUUUCCAACCCCAUUGGUUGGUGGAGCUUUGCACUGGAUCGCAGAUUUCAUAGAAGGACCAGAGAAUCACAUGAAGAUUUUGUCAUUUGAUGUCAAUAGUGAGACGUUUACGGUGCUAGCACUGCCCGAUGGUUCUAACGAUGCCAACACCAGUCGGGCAAGUCUUGCAUCCUUCAAAGGAAAACUGGCUUUCCUUACAUGGGGAAAUGCUGAAAAAGCUAGCAUCCAAUGCUCCAUAUGGGUGAUGAGGGAGUAUGGUGAGGUCGAGUCUUGGAAUAAACUUUUUGUUCUACCAUUUGACGGAUUGCCUUAUUUCAUUGUCUUUACCGAGUAUGGUUCACUUCUGACUUGGUGCAUGAACCAGGCAUUAAAGACUGUUUUAAUUGACAAUAAAACUGUACAGAAGAAGGAUCCUGCUAUCCAACUUCCUUCCGUUGUAGUUACUUUCAUGGAGAGCCUAGUUUUACUUGAUGGAGCAAACAUGGUAUCUUACUAA